CUGCCCGUCGUUCGGCAGAAGGCGAAGCCUUUCCGGCGCGUCCCGGGGAAUCCCGCUCGCGCGCGCCUUCUUUUCACUCCUUUCGGAAGUUUUUGGCGGCGGCGGGAGGAUGCUGGAGAGCGGCGGCGGCAAGCCGGUGAAGGAGGGCGUGCUGGAGAAACGCAGCGACGGUUUGCUGCAGCUCUGGAAGAAGAAGCGCUGCAUCCUCACCGAGGAAGGGCUUCUGCUUAUCCCGCCCAAGCAGGAGCCGGCGGCGGCGGCGGCUUCUCCUCCUCCUGCUGCCCACGGAGAGACGGCGGUGGCCGCCGCCAAGAUCAAGCAAUUGCCCUUCUCUACCAUGAAGACGGUGGACUGCGUGGAGCGGAAGGGCAAGUAUAUGUAUUUCACGGUGGUGAUGGCCGAGGGGAAGGAGAUCGACUUUCGGUGCCCGCAGGACCAAGGCUGGAACGCCGAGAUCACGCUGCAACUUGUGCAGUACAAAAACCGGCAGGCCAUCCUGGCCGUCAAGUCGAGCCGGCAGAAGCAACAGCACCUCGUCCAGCAGCUCGGGACCCGCCUCCGAAGCUCCUCCAACUCCGCCUAGACGGGGCUACCCAGACAGAUCAAAUUGAAGAGGCGCUUCUGGAAGUAAGAAGAACAGUGAUCAAAGGCUGGCAAAGUAAAGGAGGACGAAGACAAGAGCAUCAGUUCAGCCCCUGGAUUUUGUCCAGUUUUGACACCAUCUGUGGUUGCUUUAGAGAAGUACUUCAGCUGUUCUGGGUUUGGGCUACUGCUUAAACUUAGGAAAGGCAUAUUUGACCUCAAAGGACAUAUGUCGCACUGUCAUUUUUAAAAUUCCACCAUGUUUUAUUUGUAUGUAUAUUUAUUAGUGGGGAUUUUAAGUUUUCAGGUUAUUUCUGAAUGUAGAUCAUCCAAGAGACAAUGAAGUGAGGAAAAUGCUUGCUUUGGUGAAUUGCAUAAGCUGCUGUAGAGGGUGGAAGAAACUGAAGCAAGAAGAAAACAGAAAGAUGAAUAAUUUACCAGGAUACAAACUUUUCAUAUAGCUUUUACAUACUGUUUUGAAACAGUUUUCAUCUCAAAAAGUGGAAGGCUGUUAUGAAAUGAAUGUAUGAAAUGUAUCUUGCUAUAUUGAACUAUUGUACCAAUAUUCUAAAUAAUGAGAAUGCCCGUUCCAAAGAAAGCAAUGGCUUUGAAUUAAAAUUCUGGAUGGUUUUUGUUUAUUCAACAGUCAUUUGACUUGUGGUAUUAUACAUCACGGGUCUCCAACCUUGACAACUUUAAGUUUUGUGGACUUCAAUGCCAGCUUUGCUAGCUGAGGAAUUCUGGGCUUUGAAGUCCACAAGUCUUAAAGUUGCCAAGGUUGGAGAUUCCUGUUAAUAGUUAUCAGUUAUACCAGGUUUCAUAUCCUUACUUCACAAGCAGAAAAUCUUAGUUGACUUACCAGAAGAAUGAUUAUAAAAAAGUUAUGUUCUUUUUUAUAUGAGAUUUUUUUGGAAAAAACAUGCUAAAGACAACUCAUUGCACUUCUUUAUUUAAAUUUGUCCCUAGCCUAUAAUAUUUCUUACUGUGGUUUUACUUGAUUUAUGUUUUUAUGGAAUCUUUGCAAAUUCCUUAUUACAUUAUUUUAUAUAGAAUGUCUUAAAGUACUUAAUUAGAUAACUUUAUCAAUAUUACCUAUCAUUUUGGGGGGUGGGAUUAUGCCCUACACAAUAUUUUUCAUACCACCUAUAUCAAAAUUAUUUCUUCUUAGAACAGAGAUUUAAAUAAACCAUAAUUAUGUCCAAUUGAAUAUUUAAACUAUGUUCCAUUUAUUUUUUGUCAGUUUAAUAGAAUAUUCUGGUCAUCUUGUGAUAUUUGGAAUCUUAAUAUAACAGAAGAAUUCUAAAACCCUUUAAAGAAUCAAAGCCCUUUAUUUAUUCAUUUACAAUAUAAUAUUUCUUAAUUACUAAUUUGAUAAGAUAAUAUAUGCUAUGCUUUUCAAUCUGGAUAUUCUGUUUUGAAGGAUGUGUAAUCUUUCAAAUCAAUCUAGUUUUUCAUGAAAUAAAAUUCAUUAUGUUUUAAUUAAAGCCAAAUUAGACACAGCACAGUGUCUAAAUAUUGAAAUAUUAAAUAUUUGUAUGAAGUUCUAUACAUUCUUAUCCUGCUAAAUUAUGGAAGGUUUCUGUAAGGUUUCAGUUCUUACUCUAGUCUUAUAGAAAUGACUAAGUAUCAGCUUAGCUCCCACACUUCUCCAGUUGAGAGCGGAGCUAACAGGAAAUUCAAAAAGCUCAAUUGUACAGAAAUACCAGAUAUAAGAAUUUCAACUAUAGCCAUUCUGAUAUAGGUGCAAUCUUAUAUUUGGGGCAAAUGUGACCAAAUUAUGACAAGUGGGUGAUCAUAAAUAGAUAUUUCAACACUAAAAUUUGAAAUAAACAUAGAUGGGAAGAAUAACUAGUAUUUCUGGCUUCCUUCUGACUUAUUGAAAAAAUAUUUUUUCCAUCCUGGAGCAUGUUCUAGAAUGGGUGUCAAACUUGAUUUCAUUGAGGGCCACAUCAGGGUUGUGUUUUACCUCAGAGGGCUGGGGGGGGGGGCGUGGCCAUGGCUGGCAUGGCCAGGAGCGGAAUGGCCUUGGCGGGCAUUUGACACAGGCUCAAGAUGUAUUUUUUCCCCUUCUUUCUUUCAACAGUUCUUUACUAUAACCAUUUUGCUAUCUCUUCUAACAGAUAUUACUGGCAAAAAUUUAUUACUUAUUCUUCAUAUUCUAAUUAACUUUUUAUUUCUAAAUUUAUACCCUACUGUUCAAUAGUAAAUUGCUUUUCCAGGCUAUUGUAUUUUUAUUAUUCAACUAAUAAUAAAAGUACAAUAGCAUAAAUAACAUGGUAAUACAACAUCUAACACCAGAGGUAAAUUUCCAGGACAGUGAAGAGAAAUGGCUGUCAAUUAUAGAUUGUUGAUUGUAGAAUAAAUGGAUCUACAUUAUGUUACAUCUGGCAUUAAACUGUACUAUUAACAUAGGAUGUUGCUUGUUUUCUUUUCAGAUCAGGCAUUUACUUGAGGCCACAUAAUUGUAA